GCCCAAAUUAUCUUCUUCAUCAACCAAACGACAAAUGGGUGUUGCAAUAACGACCACCCAUCGGCGUUUAUCGUCACCGGUGACUCCACAGCCGAGCCAGUAAUCGGAAACUUGUUUCCGAAAAGAAAAUGGCCUGUGGACUUCUGAUUUGGAGCCCAAUUUCCCUUCGCUCUAUCUCUUUCCCUGCCCUUUCCUUCUCUCUCUCUUCUCCCAAACGUACCCAACUAUCAAUCUCCGCCACCGUCGAAACCCCCUCCGCCGCCGACGAUAUUCAGCAGCUGUCGGCCCGGGAGAGGAGGAAGCUGAGGAACGAGAGGAGAGAGAUUAAAACCACUACCAAUUGGAGGGAGGAAGUAGAGGAAAGGCUCUGCAAGAAGCCCAAGAAGGAAUUUGCCACUUGGACUGAGAAGCUCAACCUCGAUUACCUCUCUAAAUUGGGUCCUCAAUGGUGGGUUAUGCGUGUCGCUCGUGUUAGAGGCCAAGAAAUUGUCGAACGCCUCGCUCGUUCUCUUGCUAGGAACUACCCCGACCUCGAUUUCAAGAUAUAUUACCCGUCGGUCCAGGAGAAGAGGAAAUUAAAGAAUGGUACGUACACCGUUAAACCGAAAGCCCUUUUUCCUGGAUCUGUAUUUAUAAGAUGUAUCAUGAACAAGGAGAUACAUGACUUCAUUAGAGAGUGUGAUGGAGUUGGAGGCUUUGUUGGUGCGAAGGUCGGAAACACUAAACGACAGAUAAAUAAACCAAAGCCGGUAUCGGAAGCUGAUAUGGAAGCAAUCUUCAAAGAAGCAAAGGAAGAGCAAGAAAGACAUGACCAGGCUUUCCUAGAGAAAGAGCAAGACAGGGCUCCAAACUCUAGCGCGCUCGAGACCGACUUAGAUACAAAUGGUACUACUGCUACAAAGCAAAAAGGAAGGCCAAAGAAAGCCGUUAAUACUUUGUCUCCAGGGUCAACUGUUCGGGUUGCGUCUGGGACUUUUGCAGAAUUUGAAGGCUCUCUUAAGAAGCUGAACCGUAAAAGUGGAAAGGUAACUGUGGGGUUCACACUAUUUGGGAAGGAAACCCUUGUAGACCUUGACAUUGGUGAUAUUAUAGUAGAGACAAAAUGAGUCAAUGUACUUUCUCAGCAACGUAAGGUGUGGAAGAAGCUCAUGGAGUUGGAGGAUAAGCAAGCAGCUCCAGCUCUUAGCUCUCACCUCAUAAGCACAUCCAUGAACCAAUGAAAAUAAAAGUACUGUUGCUUGAAUUGCCAAACAGCUCACUUUGAUGAACAUGUCCACAAAUCAGCUGUGCUUCUCUGAAAUUGCUCUGCAUUUGGAGAUUCUUAUUGGAAAUCAACCAGGGUAUUGAAGGAAUUGGCAGAGGCCCAAAUGUAUUAUUGUUAAACUUUUGACAAAGCCCAACUAGGAAAUAUCAUACCUGAAUAGCAUUUAUAAAUUCAAAUGUUUCUGAAGUCACAAAUUUGAACCACGAUGGUCAGGGUGUUUACGAUUCGGUUCGGUUCGAUUUGACUAUCAAAUUAAACAACAAAUAUUCUGUUUA